ACAUUAUCUUGUCCCGUUAACAAAUCAAAUACUGCUACGUGUUCUUCUUCCUUCCUAUUCGUUAAUUACUCGCUCAAGAUUCCUGCCCAUAAAUCUACGACUCCCUCGCCUAAAUAUUUCUCCUUCCCCUCUCCUUCCUUCUCAACGAAAAAGUUGAAGGAGAGCUUUUUCUUUGUUUCAAACCUUCACUUUGUUGAUAAAUUAAGCUUCUUUUUAUAGAAAACAAAUCUUAAAUUGAAAAUGGGAAAUGCUUUGAGGUUCCUCUAUGGGCAUUGCUGCGAACCAACAACAGCUGGGGACUCUGAUUCAUUGGGACCCGACGGUGUAUCAGCCGCAACAGUUGGUGUUUCGGCUCUUUCCCUUGAUUUGUUUCACUUUGAAAUCACCUCCCAAGUCCCAGAAGGACUUGAUAAGCAUGUGGUCUCGUCCAAGAAGGCUCAAGCUAAUUGGUAUAGAAAGUUGUUGGAGGCAUGGAAAGAAGCAAAACCCCCACCAGAAACACCCGAAGAAGUUGCUAGGCUUGUUAUUCAGACCUUGAAGAGACACCAAAAGGCAGAUGUUGAGGGUUUAUUGGCUUUCUACGGUCUCCAACUUCCGCAUACUCUUGCUCAAGUUUCUGCUGGGGGACCAACAUCAUUGCCUCAAGGGGUCAAGUUCGAGAUGCAAACUUUACCAGUGGAUCCAAAAGCUGUAGCUGAUGGAGAUACCAUAACAGUUUAUGUUAGCACGACCGACACCAGGGAGUCAUCUUCUGUUCCAGGGGAAGUUCAUAUGGCCGCUGUUCAAAGAUCAAAAGCUCGUGCGGAGAGGAACUAUGGGAAGGCAGAUGCACUUCAAAAAAAAAUUGUUGAAGCAGGAUAUCGGGUGAUUAAUGUUCAAAAUGAGGAGAUUCUUGCUCGAAAGUAUCGCAUUCGAUUAAGGGGCAUAGAUGCACCUGAGAGUUCAAUGCCAUAUGGGAAAGAGGCGAAAGAGGAGCUAGCUAAUCUUGUUCAGGGCAAGUGUUUGAGAGUCUUUGUCUAUGGAGAAGAUCGUUAUCGCCGCUGUGUAGGUGAUAUAUAUUGCAAUGGAAUGUUUGUACAGGAAGUAAUGCUCAAGAAGGGUCUUGCAUGGCAUUAUACUGCAUAUGAUAAACGCCGGGAACUAGAAACAUGGGAAAAGGAGGCUCGAGCAAAGCGUGUAGGGUUAUGGGCUUCAUCAAACCCCGAGAUGCCAUGGGAAUGGAGAAAGGACAGACGUGAAGGCAGACAGCACGGACCUAAUUAACCCGUCCAGACAAAGUGACCUUUUGUUUUUGUCUGCAUCGACCACGUAAGCAGGCAUAACCCAGACCGGGAUACAUUAACCCAUAAGUUGUACCCUGUAUCAGCUUAGAAGGUGUCUGAAAAUUAUGCCCAAAUUUAUACUUAAUACUAAAGUUUUUGUAAUUUAGAGUUGGAUUGAAAA